AUGGUCACAUUGAGUACCCCAAUGAAGAUGCAAUGCCUAACAGGUGUGGUAUGCUGCAUGUACGUGGCGUCCUACCAUCGCAGUUUGGCAGCUCAGAAGAUGGAACAAAGCUUGUUUCAACCAAGUUUAAUACGGAGUUCAUCAAUGGAUUUAACCAUCGCUUGGAGAGCGGCCUUAUGCAGGCUCUACGUAACCACCCGGAGUGAAAUGGCAGAAGAUGAAAAGAAAGAUGGUGAUAAAGAAGUUGAAGCAUUUAUUCAAGCAAAUACUGUAGAAUUGGCUCAAGACAAGUGGUUAUGUCCACUAUCAGGGAAAAAAUUCAAAGGACCAGAUUUCAUUCGUAAACAUCUCACGAGUAAGCACGAUGAAAAGCUGCGUGAAGUACGCGAAGAGGCAAUUUUCUACAACAAUUACUUGGCUGAUCCAAACAGGCCUGCCAAUGUGGAGGUCAAGCCAAGCCCCGCGCCCCCACGGGAAGAAGAGCGUCGUGAGGAUAGAUACAGAGAUCGCAAUGAACGCAGCGAUCGAGGCGGCGGAGAUCGCAGUUAUGCGAGUAGUGGGGACCGCAGAAACCGUGGUUACGCAGGCUUGACAGUGUGGUCCGCCUCCCGCAAUGGUGUUCUACGUUCACACCAGAAUCGUCACGCCCUCUCACCUCUUACAGAGACCUCGAUGCGUUCCCAAUUGAUUGAGUUAAUGAGCUGUUCUUAA